AUGGCUUUUACCGUAUGUUUGUUUUUGCUUUCUUCAUUGCUUCUGCUACCAACUUAUGUGCUUGCACAAACUAAUGGUAGCAUAGCUGUGGGUGCUUCUCUCUCCACAGCAGGUAACUCCUCAUGGCUUUCUCCCUCGGGUGAUUUUGCCUUUGGGUUUCGGCAACUUGAAAAUAAUGAUCUUUUCUUGCUUUCUAUAUGGUUUGCCAAGAUACCAGACAAAACCAUAGUUUGGUAUGCAAACGGGGAUAAGCCUGCACCUGAUGGUUCAGUUGUGAAUUUGACUGCUAACAGUGGGAUAGUUCUUACAAGUCCUCAGGGUGACCAGUCAUGGAAAUCCAAUCAAACCAUUGCUGGCGUUGUUGCUCAUGGGGUUAUGAACGAUACAGGUAACUUUGUUCUGGAAAAUGAGCAGUCAGCAAAGUUAUGGGAGACGUUCAAGAAUCCUACUGAUACCAUGUUGCCUGGGCAAAUACUGGAAACAGGAGGGAAGCUUUCUUCUCGAAAUUCAGAGACCAACUAUACGAGAGGUCACUUCCAGCUAGAUUUUCAAGAUAGUGAAGGUAAACAUUUGGUUUUCAAUGAGUCAGGCGACUUCUAUAUUCUGCGAAAGAAUGGUGGAUAUUAUAAAUUCACAGCAGAGGAACGUGCAGCAAGGGACUACUAUCUCCAGACAACUCUCAGCUUUGAUGGGGUUUUGGCUCAAUAUUUCCUCCCAAAGACUUCUGUUGGCAAUAUAAGCUGGGUUCCUCUUUGUAUCUGCACUUACAAAGCCGACAAGAGGCCCACCUGUGAAUGCCCAACGGGAUACUCUUUACUUGAUCCAAAUGAUCCAUACGGGAGCUGCAAUCCAGCUUUCAAACAAGGCUGUGAAAAUGAGCCUAGUUAUGCAGAAGAUUUGUAUGAUGUUCAGGUGCUAGCAAACACUGAUUGGCUCACCUCCAGCUAUAUGCAGUUAAAUGAUUCUACUGCUGACACAUGCAGUCAAUCUUGCAAGCAAGAUUGUUCAUGUGCUGUUGCUAUUUACAGCAAUCAAACCUGCCAGAAAAAGAAGUUCCCGCUCUCAUAUGGGAGAGAAGAUAACAACUUGAAUGCUACAACUUUCAUCAAAUUGACGACAGUUUAUAAGAAGAAGAACGGGAGCACUUCGAAUGUCAGUGACGAUCGGGCAAUGGAUGGCAUCAAGGAGUUGGAGAAGUACUUGAUGAUAGCAUUUUGGUGCAUCCAAGAGGAUCCAUCAGUAAGACCUACCAUAAAGAAAGUGAUACAGAUGCUUGAAGGCACUGUUGAAGUCUCAGUGCCUCCAAUGAAUCCCUCCUCAUUAUAUGUUCAAUCUAAGUGA